CAGUCACGUCGUUGGAGCGUGUGCAACGUACCGCGUCUUAGCUAUAAUCUUUCAGGUGCCGUUCGGGCUGCGAGCUGCGUCAUCGUCAUUUCUUCUACCUGCCCAGGUCCAACAAGGAAAAGAUGCCCACUGCAGUCGCUUCGUGAGACAUGGAACCGCUUGUCUGCGCUGUAAUAUCGCAGCUCCAUACCCUUCAGAGUCACCCUCUCUAGUCGAAUCUCCGAUCCAUAAUUCGGUAGCCGGGGAUGCCAAAGCUGUUGUUGCGGGUGACGGCAAGGCGUCGCGUCCAAGUGAGCUGUCCACCAGGCAGCCACAGGGCCCCUCAACCUCAACCUCAACCUCGACGUACCUUCAACCUUCAACAUGUCCACAAAGACUAGCACAACGACAGUGGCACCAUCCACCCAUGUCAAAACCCGCUUCCUCAUUAUAUCAGACACUCACUCCGCCGCCCCCGCGCAAGAAUCCACGAAUAACAAUGUCCCCUUCCGUUCCCCGCUCCCAAAGGCGGAUGUGCUGCUCCACUGCGGUGAUUUGACCAUGGUGGGCCACCUGCACGAGUACGAGCAGACCUUGGACAUGUUGAAUAAUAUCGACGCCGACUUGAAGCUAGUAAUCGCUGGGAACCACGACAUUAGCCUGGACGCAGAGUACUACGACAGAAAAGGCCAAUACAUGCAUCGACAGGACGGAUAUGACAAGAAACUGCCGCAGAAAGCCAUGGACUUUUGGAAGGGCGAACGCGCGCAGAGAAGUGGCAUUGUAUACCUAGAAGAAGGAACUUACAUGUUCGCGCUAAAGAACGGAGCGAAUCUGCGAGUUUAUGCUUCACCGUAUCAACCCGAAUUCUGCGACUGGGCCUUUCCUUACUUCCGCAAUCAAGAUCGCUACAAUCUCCCUGAACAAUGCACCCCAUACGCUGUACCAAUCGCCGAGAAUCCCGUGCCUGAUUUCCCAGCUGUCGACGUGAUGAUGACGCACGGCCCACCAAUGGGUGUCCUAGAUGUAACCAGGACGGGCGAAAACGUGGGAUGCCAACAUCUCCUACGAGCUGCUAGACGCUGCAAACCGCGCCUACAUUGCUUCGGCCAUAUCCACGAGGCAUGGGGUGCUCAGCGAGUACGUUGGAAAGAAGGAGAUGAGCUGGAUGUAAAGUCUGAAGACCAUUUUCAAAAACUUGAUGCGAUUGAGCCGGAUAAAGGGAAGAUGGCCGAGGAGAGAGCAGCGAGUGUGAAUAUCUGCCAUGGUUCCGAAACAGCGGUCGAAUUUGGGAAGGAAACGCUCAUGGUCAACGCAAGCAUCAUGACGAUUAGGUACAAACCGUGGAACGCGCCGUGGCUGGUUGAUUUGGAUCUUGAAAGGGCCAAGUGA